AUGGACCCACCUUCGGACGACUCUCGCUCCGACGGCGGCGGCGACGAGGGCGCUGCGCUCGGCGCGGGGGUGUUGCGGCGCGGCUUGGCGGUGCGGGACGCGUACCUCAAGGCGCACGAGCGGGUCGAGGCGGUGGUCGGGUGGAGGAGAGGCGGCGGCCAGGGAGAGGAGCGCUACUUGGCGAAGCUGCGCGGCCGGUCGCACCUCCACUGCUGCUGGCUCACUGAGGCCAAGCUGGCGCACGCGGGCGAGCACCGGCCUUUGGCGGCGUGGCGGCAGACGGUUGGUGCGGUGCUCGACAUCAAGCCGCCGCGCGGCAAGCGGCGCGCGGUCCGGCGCAACUCGACGGCCCUCUCCGCGGCGCUGCUCGACGAGGAGGAGGACGCCGGCGAUGGGGCGCGUUGCGGCGGGGAGGGGAGGGUGGGCGGCAGCAGCGGGAUGGAGGGCAGCAUCGGGUUGGAGGGCGAUGCCACCGGCGGCGCCGAGCCGUGGCAGAGCGGCGAAGCGAGGCGUGACCAGAGUGGCGACGAGAGCGGCGACGCGAGUGGCGACGAGAGCGGCGAGUGGAGUUGCGGGGAGGAGCCGGAGGUGUUGCCGCUGGCCGACCCUCUGUCUGGCGACGAGGAGGAGGAGGGGGGAGAGGAGUACGUGCCCCAGCCGCGCCGCGGAAGGAGUGCGGCGCACCUAGAGGAGCGUUCGCUGCAGCUACCUCCCCCAAUGGGGCGAGACACGGCCAGCGGCCAGCUCGAGCGCGCCGCGUGUCGCGGCACCACCGCAGCGCUGAGGCUGCCUCGCUCCGGCUCGCUGCUCCUUGUGCGGUGGCGCGGGCUCGGCUGGCCGCACUCGACUUGGGAGGCGUGGAGGGAUGCUCAGCCUUUCGACGCGGCCGCUGCGGAGGUCGGCGCGCGCGCGGGGCUUCGCGGGUACCAGGAGGAGGGCGUGCGCUGGCUGCUCGCCUGCUGGCACGCGGGGCGGUCGUCGAUCCUCGCAGACGAGAUGGGACUCGGCAAGACAGCGCAGGCGCGUCGGCUUCCCAUGUGUGCGUGUGGCACAGUCGCGCCCGGCUUUCGUUUCAGCCGACGGGCGGCCCGCUGGACGACUCUCCGCUCCGCCGUCGUCCACGGUUCCGCCGAGGCGCGCAGGGCGCAGCUGCGGUACGCUCUGGCCCAUUGCGACGAGGAUCGCGACGGCGUCCGCACCGGCCGGCUGCGGGUGGAGCUCGUGGUGACGACCUACGAGCUCCUCUCGAUCGAGGGCGCGGCGCUGGGAGCCGUGCCGUGGCGGCAGGUCGUCGUCGACGAGGCGCGCCGCCCCAAGAGUGAGGAAUGA